CUCGACAUGUAAGCUUGAAACCAGAGAUGUAAUCUUCAGUUCUACAACAAGAAGGUCAUAGUCAGUCUAAUAGAGACCCCGUUUGCGCAUGUGGUAGGGUUUAUUAGUUGAUUUCUAAUCAGUGUUGAUAAUGCCCAGGGAGGGUAAUGACGUCUCUAGAGCUAGAAGAGUUGAGUUAACUUACUGAGCAAGAACGAGAGAACUGUGGCUCAGAACUAUAAGAAGAGGCACUCUCCCCGUCAAAUUCACGCUAGCCAGACUGAUAUCUCGUUUUCUCUUCACAAGUCUUUCCCCUCAAGUCUUUCCCCUUCACAAGUCUUUAAAAAUGACAUCCACUCCGGGUAUCCAUCUUUAUACAUCCCAAACUCCCAAUGGAGUCAAGAUCUCUAUAACCCUCGAAGAACUCGGCCUCGCAUACAAAGUCACACAUGUUGCUUUGGGAAAGAUGGAGCAAAAAACCGACUCCUUCCUAGCCAUAAACCCCAACGGCCGGAUCCCGGCCCUCACCGAUAAGUUCACUGAUGGCGAGACAAUCAACCUGUUUGAAUCCGGGAGCAUCCAGCAGUAUUUAGUUGAUGAGUAUGAUAAAGAGCACAAGAUCUCUUAUCCUAGAGGGACAAGAGAGUAUUAUGAGACCAACAACUGGCUAUUUUUCUUGAAUGCCGGCGUUGGCCCGAUGCAGGGACAAUCGAACCACUUCACCAAUUAUGCCUCCGAGACUAUCGAAUAUGGAAUAAAUAGAUACCAGAACGAGACCCGUCGUCUGUAUGGGGUAUUGGACAAGCACCUAGAGAAGUCGUCGUCGGGAUACCUUGUUGGUGACCGAUGUACCAUUGCUGACAUUGCUCACAUUGGCUGGAUUUCGUCUGCUGCCUGGGCGGGGAUCGAGAUUGAUGAUUUCCCAACUCUAAAGGCGUGGCGUGACAAGAUGCAAGCCAGACCAGCAGUCAAAAAGGGGAGCGAUGUACCAGUUCCAAAGCCCAAAAUUGCUACCACCCCUGAAGAGAAGAAGAAGCAGGCAGAGGAGACCAGGGACUGGGUUCAGCAGGGUAUGAAGGAAGACGCAUCGAAGAAUAAGAUUUAAGUAGGAUUCUUUGUUAAAAGGGGACACCACGAAUUUGAAUUCCUAGUUCUAUGCUGCUUGAGAGUUUUCAUAGCCACUGUGCGGAAGUAGUCUUGUCAAAGUUCUGGAUUAUCUGUAUACAAGUAUAACUACCACCAUUCCAUCAUUUCUAU